AUGAAGCAUUUCAUUCUCAGCUUGCUGUGCCUUGCUUUUGCUGAGGGACUGUUGAGAGUACCUCUUAGUAGUCGCAAAUCCAUUUAUGAGGAGCUUCGAAACAGAGGAGUACUGGAAGACCUGAUUAAGCAUCGUCAAUUCAGUGCAGACAAUGUUUACACUGAAAACCUGAUCAACCAGCAGGAUAUGUCUUACUUUGGCAAGAUCAGCGUGGGAACCCCAGCCCAGAACUUCUACGUCCACUUUGACACAGGAUCCACAACCCUUUGGAUCAACUCCAUCUAUUGCAAGAGUCAUGCCUGCACGCACCAUCCACUCUUCAACCCCCAUAAAUCCUCCACCUACUACAGUAACGGACAACAGUUCUCCAUCAAGUAUGGAUCUGGAAGCCUCACAGGGGUCAUUGGUUACGACACUGUCUCAAUGGGAGAACUCACAGUCACUAAUCAGAAGAUUGGGCUGAGCGUGACAGAGCCAGGCAGCAAUUUUGCCCGACCUCUACAUGAUGGCAUCAUGGGCCUGGCUUUCAUAUCUGACCAGCAAACUAUUGUGGACACCAUGAUCCAGGAGGGCCUCAUCGAGGAGCCUGUCUUUGCAUUCUAUCUAAGCGGCGACUCGGAGGGCAGUGAGGCUGUGUUUGGAGGCACCGAUCCCGCUCAUUAUCAGGGAGAGAUCCAUUGGGUUCCUGUGGCACAGCACAGCCACUGGCAGCUGGUGUUUGAUGGGUUUGAGGUGAACCACGUGUCCACAGGCUGGUGCAACAAAGGCUGCUCUGCCAUCGUGGACACUGGCACCUCUCUGUUGAAGGCGCCUCCACAGUAUGUAGAUAAACUUCUUAGCCACCUGGGUGCCUAUCAGGACAACAGUGGUAAGUAUUUGUUUGACUGUAGCGUAGCAAGAAGUGGGCCAACACUCACCUUCAUCAUGAACGGAGCUCACCUCCACCUACCCCCAUCUGCAUACGUACUUCAGGAUUCAGAUGGCCACUGCUCGAGUGGGAUCAAGCAUUCCAGUGCGAAGUACAGGAAUGGCCUUCCCUACUGGAUCUUAGGUGACGUGUUCCUCAGGCAGUUCUACUCUGUGUUCGACCAGGGCAACGGCAGAGUGGGCUUCGCCAAGCUAGCGUAG